AUGGUCGACAUUGGCGUGUUCAUACCGAUCGGCAAUAAUGGAUGGCUCAUUUCUAGCAAUUCUCCGCAAUACAAGCCAAGCUUCGAGCUGAACAAGCAGGUCGUACAAAAGGCUGAGCACCAUGGGUUGGACUUUGCACUCUCAAUGGUCAAGCUACGAGGCUUCGGCGGCAAGACUGAGUUCUGGGACCACAAUCUGGAAAGCUUCACGUUGAUGUCAGCUAUUGCAGCAGUCACUUCGAGAAUCAAGCUCUUUGCUUCCACUGCAGUCCUGACUCUCCCUCCUGCCCUUGUGGCGAGAAUGGCCGCGACGAUAGACUCUAUUGCCCCCGGUCGAUUCGGUAUCAACAUCGUGACAGGCUGGCAGUCUGCCGAAUACUCUCAGAUGGGACUUUGGCCAGGAGAUUCUUAUUUUGGCUAUCGAUACGACUAUGCCACCGAGUAUGUACAAGUGAUGAAAGAUCUGUGGACGACAGGAAGCAGUGAUUUUAAAGGCAAACACUUCACCAUGGAGGACUGUAAGCUAUCGCCUCGACCUAGCAAGGGAAUCAUACCCAUUGUCGCUGCUGGCCAAUCUGGUCGAGGCGUGGAGUUUGCAUCUCAUUACGCCGACUUCAACUUUGCAAUGGGCAGUGGUGUCAACACUCCCGCUGCAUUCGGCGCCGCGACAGCUCGGCUCGUCGAGGCGACCAAGCUGACGGGCCGUGAUGUCGGCUCAUAUGUACUGUUUAUGGUCAUCGCUGACGAAACGGACGGGGCAGCGGAGGCGAAAUGGAAGCACUACAGAGACGGCCUUGAUGAAGAAGCUGUCGCUUGGAUGGCUUCACAAUCCGGCCAGGACAAAAAGGCUGAUGCGAACUCCACAGCUGCGACUCUCGCUCGACCAGAGGGUGCUGUGAACAUGGGUAUGGGGACUCUUGUGGGUUCGUAUGCCAAGGUUGCCAGUAUGCUCGACGAGGUGGCAGCAGUACCCGGGACCAAAGGCAUUAUGCUCACCUUUGAUGACUUUUUGCUCGGUCUCGACAAGUUUGGAGAAAGAAUACAGCCUCUAAUGAAAAGCAGACAGAGCAGAGCCCGAUGGCUGAACGUACAAGAUGAGCGAGGAUGGCGGUGGUGAUGAUAACCAAUCAUUCCUAAAAGUAC